AUGGACAAGGCGCUUGAUGCUGACCCGACCGCCAACCACCGGUUUUUGGGGCAAAGACAAACCUUGGUGGAGCGCAAAAUAGAGGAUCCACGAGCGAGGAUCACAACCUCCUCGAACCCAUUUGGGCCAGAGGAGACGGUUUCGGUGACUGAACGAAAGACCCAAGGGCUCAAGGCACCAAAGAAGUCAUUCAUUGAGUUGUCUCAGUACGAGAAGAGGUACGGGAAAGCACCAGCCGAUCGAAUCAAGGUUCAGUACUUCAAUGGUGUUGCUCUGACAGGUGUCGAUGUGGUCAAUGAAGCUGACAUCGGAGUUUAUGAGUAUGUGGACGAGUGUGCUACUUCCUUAGAUAGAACCACUCAAUUGUCUACACCAGAUACCACUCUGAGUGCUGACCAGACCAAUGUGAUACAUGAAGCAGCCCUGAAACAGAUGGCCAAGCCAGCCACGGAAUGCGUCACUUUGACGAGUGUUGCUGAGAGUGUGAAGGAUCACAAAAACACAAAGGCUGAGAGUGGAGAAACAAAGGUUGACGGUGAAGAGGAAGCUGAAGAUGAUGACAAUGAGGAUGACGGUCCGGUUUUCACCGGUCAGCCAUUUGCUUCCUUGUUUCUGAGAAUGAAGGGGUCUGACAAGAAGCGAACUGCCUCACAGGCAGGAGUUGAAAAGAUCAAAGAAAACAAGCUACCCAAAAAACCAAAGGGUGGCAAUGCGAAGAAGCGCAAGAGUGGUGAGGAACCUGAGGCUCCACCUUCCCCUAGUGGCUUUCGACGUCCAGCUCCUAUACCAUCAAACGAUGAAGACAAGUCUCUCAUUGCAUCGUAUGAAAAACAGCUACAAGGCCAUAGUGAACUCAAUCCUCCGUCGGCAGACGACAAUGCUUUCGUUCCAUGGGCAAAGACUCGUUUAGCGGAUUUGCAGGGGUUGAAAUCAGGCCUUCAGCUGAAGAAAAAAUCAUUGAGCAGACGCAAGGGUGAUUGUGAAGAAUUGACUACCUCAAUGAAUCAUAUCGCCGGCGAAAUCGACAAGAUGGUUGAAUUCCUCAAGGCUCUGAUGCAGGGGACACCUCAAGGUGCAUCGUUGCUGGAGAAACUCAUCGCCUAUUCGGAGUCAGACGGUGCACGACCUUCCGCGGGCAUGUGGAAACGCUGCCUCCGGGCAUUGGCAUUUGAGGAUCUGAAGUUGGCCCAAUGGUCAAAGUUCUUCCAAGAGACAUAUGAACAUUGUGUGGAACGUUUGGGAGCAGACGAUGGCAAAGAGUACUUUACUCUUUUGACCGCACAAUUGUUGCAACGACUGGUCAAGAACCUUUCCAAGGUCAGUUGGGCAAAUCUGGAAUUCUUGUUUGCCUUUGUCAGUGAAUUGGCAAAACACGCCAGCAAGGUUGUGAAAACAACAGAUGAUGAAGAGGCACUGAAAUACAUUCAGGCGAUUGUAGACAAAGCAUCUCCACCGGAUUUGGUGAAGGAAGGGGUGGCAGCUUUUUCCAAAUCUAGCUAUCUUUGGGAGAAUUGGAUGAUUCAGUGCUUCAAUCUUCAAAACGGAAAGAAGCUUAUUGAGUUUGCUUCAGAGAAUGCUGACCGUCGUGAAUCUCAGUCCAAGACAAUUUCUGGCAUAUCGGAUUCUUUGUUGGCUUUGACCAACAUGGAUGCCAACCGGCUGGGGACUGACUUUAGCUAUUCGGUCUCGAUUGCUCAGCAGCUCAAGAAAGCGCGCAAAGCAGUUCAUGAUCCAGGCGCAAAAGCUUUGAGUAAUACUGACCGGGAGCAGCUGAUCAAGCUUCAGGAGGUCAUCAAGUCAACUGUGCUGCAGCUUCUUCAGUCUUUCAUCGGCGGGGAUGUUGUAGCCACGUUAUCGAAGCAAAGCGUCUUGAUUCAGAAUAAGGAUGAGAUCCCAGAGGUGAGACUGGUCAGUCCCGACCACUAUUUGCUACACCUCCAGGACUACACGGAGUUUGGAUUGAUCAAGGAGAUCAUUGAAUUCUCAGAGUAUUUCAGGCAGUUCCUUGUCACCAUCAACAAGUCCUUACUUGGCCACUUGAAGCCGGAAGAUUCACAAGCAGCCCUUGUCGAAUGGCAAGGAAAAAUCAAGAAGUUGCUUUG